AUGGGGCAGGUGCUGGCCAACAAGCUAUCCACGCCGCUAGCCACCAUCUCAGGGGGGUCGGGAGGGGACGCACCUGGGUGGAUGUGUUACUUACUACUGGCCAUACCUGUGCUGGCCAACAUGCCAUCCACGCCACUAGCCACCAUCUCAGGGGGGUGCCCUGGGGGAAUGUGUUACCACCACCAGUCAUACCUGCUCUGCCACCCUCCCACCCUCUCACGCCCCUCUCAGGUGCUGGCCAACAUGCUAUCCACGCCACUAGCCACCAUCUCAGGGGGUUGCCCUGGGGGGAUUUGGUACCACCAGUCAUACCUGCUCUGCUCUCCCACUCCCACCCUCUCACCCCCCCUCCCUCCCACCCUGCCACCCUCCCACUCCCCUCAGGUGCUGGCCAACAUGCUAUCCACGCCGCUGGCCACCAUCUCAGGGGGGUGCCCUGGAGGAAUGUGGUACCACCAGUCAUACCUGCUCUGCUCCCCCACUCUCCCACCCUUCCACUCUCCCACCCUCCCACUCCCCUCUCAGGUGCUGGCCAACAUGCUAUCUCAGGGGGGUCGGGAGGGGACGCCCCUGGGUGCUGGCCAAUAUGCUCUCCAUGCCGCUAGCCACCAUCUCAGGGGGGUGCUGGCCAAUAUGCUCUCCACGCCGCUAGCCACCAUCUCAGGGGGGUCGGGAGGGGACGCCCCUGGGUGGCCGUUUGUGUGCUUCGACCUCAACCCCAAUCGCGUGCGGAUGGGCAAGCGCCUGGGCUUCCCUGUCCUAUAUGGUGACGGGUGCCGCCCGGCAGUGCUCGAGUCGGCCGGCAUUCCUCGUCCGCUAAUGGCCAUCGUGGUGUACUCGGGGCGGCAGCAGUCGGUGUCUUCUGUGGAGAGACUACACGACGCAUUCCCAGGGCUGCCCAUAUACGCCCGGGCCGUGGAUGCGAGUCACCUGGCGGAGCUGAGAAAGGCGGGUGCCACAGACGUGGUUCUGGAGAGCGCAGAGCCGAGAAAGGCGGGUGCCACAGACGUGGUGCUGGAGAGCGCAGAGGUGAGACCCGCUGGUGGCCCGUGCAUCAGAAAGGCGGGUGGCACAGACGUGGUGCUGGAGAGCGCAGAGGUGAGUGAGACGUGUGGGACGUGCAGAGGUUAUAGCGAGCUUGGAAAGGCGGGUGGCACAGACGUGGUGCUGGAGAGCGCAGAGGUGAGUGAGACGUGUGGGACGUGCAGAGGUUAUAGCGAGCUUGGAAAGGCGGGUGCCACAGACGUGGUGCUGGAGAGCGCAGAGGUGAGUGAGACGUGUGGGACGUGCAGAGGUUAUAGCGAGGUUGGUCUCCGUCUGGGCUCCAUGCUACUGCAAGACAUGGGGGUGAUGAGAGACGAUGUGGUGUUCCUUCGCCGCCUCAUGAGGGAGGCUCUUGACACGGAGGCUCUCUCAUCAUCACUUGCGCUCUUGUCCCGCCCUCCAACCCCCCAGGCCGGCCUCCGACUGGGCUCCAUGCUGCUACAGGACAUGGGUGUGAUGCGAGACGAUGUGGUGUUCUUAAGGCGACUCAUGCGAGAGGCUCUUGACACGGAGGCUGUCACCCGCCGCACGGGGGGGCAGCGGUUGCUCAAGGACAGAUCGGAUCUGGGCGGCAGCUGGCCGCCCAAGGAGGAGAAUUUGGGCGGCAAGCGGGCGGCGAAGGAGGAUUUGGGUGGCAGUGGGGUGGGGAAGGAGGGGGGGGGUGGUAGAGGGGAGGAGAGUGACAGGGAAGGGGAUUCGAGUGGGAAUGAGGAGGGAGGUGGAGGUAAGGUGAGGGUUGGGGAGGAUGGGGAGAAGGAGGGAAAGAGGAGUGACGGGUUGAUUACACGGGCUCAAGCAAUGAAUGCAGCGGUGGGAUUUGUGAGUGGGGAUGAUGAGAAUGGGGACGCCGGUAAUAAUGGUGAUGAUGCUGGUGAAGGUGAUGGUGAUGGUGAUGGUGAUGAUGAUGGUGGUGAUACUGGUGAAACUGGUGCAGCAACACCUGCAGAAGGAAGUGGUGUGCUAAUUACAAGAGCCCAAGCGCUCAGUGCAGCGGCAGCAUUCGUCACUAGUGAUGAUGACAAUGGGGACGCUGCUACCGGUAACAAUGGUGAUGACCUUGAUGAUACUGGUGGUGAUGGUGUGUUGGAGGCAAUGAAGGAGCACCUAGAAGAGGGUAAAACCAGUGGUAUCGAGAGCAGUGGGAGUGGAAAAACUGUUGUUGGCAGCUUAACGGGUGGGGCUGACAUGAAGGACGGUAAUUCCGGCUUGGCAAGGGCCAACGGUAGUGGAGAAGGUGAGUCAGAUUCGGAGGGAUCUGGCAGUGAUGGCGUGGGAGGGGAGUCCUCGUUUUCGACAAGCGAUGAUGGGCUACAGUAUUUCUCUGAUGGUGAGGAUUUUGUUGAUACGAAGCUAGGUUGCAACUCCAGCAGUGGCACUCCUCGUGAGUUAUGA